AAACACAGAUCAUGUCGAAGUUCAAAGACUUCCCGAAAAAAACCAAGCAGCUCACAGUGGUUCAUUAAAAACAAGACAGAAACAUAUGACAAGAAAAUACAGUGAUAGUACUGAGCUAGCAGAGCUAUUGGCUGAACACCAAGGGCGGCAAUUAAGGAGUAUGCAGAGUAUUAACACUGGAAUACAGCAGCCUUGGGGAUCAAGCUCAAGACUUAAUGAACUUCACAUACAAACAAAUGCCUGUGACAAUGGAUUUACUGGCUACACAGGACAAAUGCCAUUAAAUAAUGGAACAGUGAUCCAAGCAAGUCAUACUAUGCCCACAGGGAUGUCAGUCCCAUCAACCAGGUCUACAAUUUCAUCUGGAUACUCUGCACCCCAUGGUCACAUCACAAAUGCUUUAACCUCACAUCGACAUAGCCCCCUUAAUCUGAUUGGAGAGGGUUACACAAGCUCAUCAAGCUCACCUUCUAGAUCCAUUAGCCCAUCCAGUGAGGACAGUGACAAGUGGAGCUCAUACCUGAGAGCAAAAGAUGAGCUUAUUGGACAAAAAGAUCAGAUAAUAGAUAGACAAAAGCAGAGUAUAUUUCAACUUCAACAGCAGCUAAUGCUUCAAACAAAUUCAGCCAUUCAUCAAGCUGUGCCAACUCAUUACCAUGUUAGCCGAACUCAGAGCACAGGAGACAGCAGUUCAUUGUCUUUAAAGCUACAAGAAAGUCAGUAUGAGAAUGCUCAACUAAGAGCACUUUUGUCAGAGAAGGACUCAUCUCUUGACAAAGCUCAGAAAAAACUUGGAGAAACAGAAUAUUUGAUGAAAAAUAUGGAGGCCAGCGUGAAGGAUUCAGCUGCUUCAAAUAGACAGGAACUCGAACUACAGAAACAAAAGGCGAUUAAACAAGAAAAAGCUCAGGCAGAGCUGACAAGUAAACUGGAACAGUUAGAAGAAGAAAAGUUAAAGCUCAAGAGAGAAAAGCAGAGUUUGGAGCGGUAUCUGAAGGAAGUGCCUACUGUCGAAGAAUAUCAGAAGUUAAAUAAAACUCUUAAAGAUGUUCGUGAUGAGCGUGAAAAAUUGAGAGAAACUAUAUCCGCUAAAGACAAGAAACUGGCCCGCAUGAAUAAAGCUUUUGGAAAUAAGGAUGAUGAGGCAAAGAAGUUAACAGUGGAAAAUACUACUUUGAAAGAGAACGUGCAAAGACUUCAGGUGUCUCUUGAUAAAAUCAGCAACGAUGGUCCCGUGUCACUCAUAAGCUUUGAAGAUCUCAAGAUGGAGAAUGAAAGGUUACAGGUGGAACUUGACCGAACGAAAAAGGCGUUAGAAAACAAGCACAAGAAAAUGAAAACUCUUCAUUGUCAAACACAGAAGGAGCAAAAAAGCUUGGAGGAGCGAUUAACGCAAGAGGAGGAAAUGGUCCAUGCCUUGCGGGAUGAACUUGUUGCGAAAGAAAAUUCACUCGAAGAGGUCAGGAAAGCAGUUAAGGAGAUUGCUUCUCACAAUCAGGAUUUGUUGGAAGAGAACUUAAACCUUCAAUGCCGUUGUGAGCAGUUACAAAUAUUGAAUUCGAAAGAAAAAUUAGAAUCUCAGAGAAAGCUUUGGAAAGAGCUUUCUGAAUGUACAGCGGAACUCACGGCUGUGGUGCAAGUUUGUCGGGAAAGAAGAGAAGGAAAAGAUCCUGACAUGUCUGUUUUGCUUGGGCUCAGAUCAACUUCUAUGGAUGAAGACGACAGCGAAAGCAAAGACACGUCCGAUGACGUCGAUGCCGUAAAAUCGAAAGUAAACCAAGUUCAACGACUACGGUCAGAUGUGGAAGACUUACGGAAGUUUAUCUCCGAUCAAUAUGCUGAGGACAUUGGAAAUAACUGCAGGAUGCAAUGAUGAAAAGAAGUGUUUGGAAUUUGUUUCCACUUGCGGAGGGUCAAGCUAAGUGCUCAUCGCGCAAAUUUAGCUGUGGCUUAAAACGAUUGGACCAUGCAACCUGACAAGGAGUGGUGAUUAUGAGUGGUCCGUGCAACCUGGCAGGAGAGGGGUGGCUUAAGACGAGUGGUCCGUGCAACCUGGCGGGAGAGGGGUGACUAAUACGAGUGGUUUGUCUAAGACAUACAAAGCCAGAGCAACGGCUUCGCCAACAACUGUAAUUGCAAUCCACUUUGUGAAAGGUUCUCCUUCGUUUUUCUUCCAUUCGAGUUCGUGUGAUAGUUCUUCUGUUUCGUGAUAUUCUUGGACCAAGACAUUACAACCAGUAGUUUAUAUUUUCUUAAAAGAAGAGUUGAGUAGUGCAGACAAAGAAAAGUAAUGUAGUCAAAGUCAACACAUAUGCUGUAAAGAAAUGGAUAGUAUGAAAGAGAAUUAUUAAUGUCACUUUCGAAUAUAUUUAAAUAAGCACUCUAAUUGCCUGCCUGCGAGAGGCGGAUGUGUUCUUUAUUCUAUGUGUGAGGGUGAUUUGGCCAGUGCGUGUCACGCGUGAUUUGGCCGGUGCGUGACAAGAGGUUGCAAGAAAAACGAGAUCACAAUUCGCGCAGUUCAGUCCAAUUUACUAUUUGUCAUAAGUCAAAGAUUGAUUGAUUGUUUUUUGUGUUUUUGUGCAAGUGAAAACUCAAGUAAUAAGGAAAUCGCCAUCUCCGAAAGGAGACUAAAUUGUGAUAAAUAAAGUCAACAAGGUGAAAACUGUA